GAGGGUUUAGUUUCGGGAUUUGUUUUCCCUUCACACACGGUUAACUGGCGAUCCGGGAGGAAAGGAGAAGAUGGCAAUUUGUGUGGGUCUGCCGUAGGUGGAUGGCGGUUCUGAUCAGUUCAGGAUGAGUAAUCUGACAAUUAUUAACUGCUCACUGGACCUUAACAAGAUCUGGGACUUGGAGUGAGAGGAGCAGGGGUUCAAAAGAGCUCAUGCAGGGGUGGAAGGAAAUGAAGUAGACGAUAGGCUGGCUAAACAAUCCAUGAAGGUCUACCAACUGCCAAUAGAAAGCAAUAGCAGAACAAGAAGAAGACGAGUCGCUGAGGCUUCGGUACGAAGAAGCAGACAGGUCGCCACGUCUGAUCUGAGAUCGUAGGCAGAAGAGAACGGAGCGCUGGCCAGGAGGCGCCAGAGGGCAAUGUGCGACCACCAGCAGGCGGAUCGAUCCUAUGCACGCCAGCUCCCCCGCUGCCGAUCUUGAUACAUACAGCCACGUUGAGAAAUAAUGGCUGACCUGGUGGCAUUGUGGGAAGUAGCUCUCAGCGAUGGUGUUCAUAAAAUAGAAUUUGAGCAUGGUACCACCUCAGGAAAGCGAGUGGUGUAUGUUGAUGGAAAGGAAGUCAUAAGAAGGGACUGGAUGUUCAAGCUUGUUGGAAAGGAAACCUUUGUAGUUGGGGCAACUAAAACAAAAGCAACAAUCAACAUCGAUGCAAUUAGUGGAUUUGCAUAUGAAUAUACUUUGGAGAUCAAUGGGAAAAGCCUAAAGAAGUAUUUGGAGAACAGGUCUAAGACUACAAAUACAUGGCUACUAAAUCUAGAUGGAACAGAUUCUCGAAUUGUGCUGGAGAAAGACACUAUGGAUGUUUGGUGCAAUGGAAAGAAGAUAGAGACGGCGGGAGAAUUUGUUGAAGAUGGUACUGAGACUCACUUUUCUAUUGGCAAUCAUGACUGCUGUAUCAAGGCUGUGAGCAGUGGGAAACGAAGAGAAGGAAUUAUCCACACUCUUAUUAUGGAUGGCCAAGAAAUCCCAGAAAUUGUUGAAUAAUUUCCUGAAUGGCAGCUGUGCUAAAGAACAAAUAUCCUUGACUUUAUUGGUAAAUCAGUUGUCAUAAUAUAUAAGACACAUGAUAAUGAAACAAUUCUAUUUCUGAUCAGUUGGGGAAAUUUGUGUUUUUGUGCAUGAUCACCCUCUAGUUGCAGUAGGAAAUGAAUUUUUGAUUUUAAAUUACUCUUACUGUCAAAGGCAUUUAAAACAAGCAUUUGUAUUGAACAAUACAAUUUUUGCUCCUAUGAUACCAAGUGGACAAGAUAUGCUUUUGAUAUAGGUGCAAGUUAAAUUUAAAAAAAAACCACAGGUAUAAUUGUGAAUUCAAAAGAUUCAACACAUUUAUCUGGACAUUGGGUUUCAUCUUUUAGUUGUGCUGAGCUGAAAUGUCACUGUGCUUGGAUUAGUUUUGGUCCUCCCUUAAAAAAAAAACCGUGAAAUCAGCCUGAAAGACUUCUUAAGACUUGGUUUUAUACCCAGGAACAUGCACUAAAACAGGACAUGAACAAUUUCUGAUGGGAUAACAGUCAGUUGAGCACAGCAGAGAUGCCUUUAUUGAUGAAGGAGAAAAGAAGUUAAUGUUUCAGGUCAGAUUGCUCUGACCAGUGAUCUUGACCUUACUGUCUCUUUCCACAGCCUGACCUAUUUAAAUGUUUAGAGCAUUUUCUACUUUUGGUUCAGAUUCCCAGCUGCUCCGGUUUCCAUUUGACAGGGUGGCACAGUGGCAGAGUGAUUAGCUCAAAACUUUACCAUACAGACUUCCUGGAUUCAAUUCCUACUGCUGUCUCUUAGGAGUUUGUAUGUUCUCUCCAUGACAUCUGGGUUUCUUCUGGGUGUGCUGGUUUCCUCCAGCAUUCCAAAGACAUACCUGUUGGUAGGUUAAUUGGUCAUUGUAAAUUGUUAUUAGGCUAGUGUUAAAUUGGUGGGUUGCUGUGCAGCAUGUUUCGAAGGCCAAGAGGGCCAACUCCACACUACAUCUCAAUAAAAUAUUUAUGUCAUGUAAUCAGUGAAGUAUGUUGAAGACAGCAUAUGAGGGAUUAUUAAGUGUUAUCUGCACCCACCCCACCCCAAUCUCACCUGAUUAUUGGUGAACUAUAUUUUUGGGAUCUAUCAAAAUAUGGAGAAGGUUAUUUGAUUUGCUUUGGGAGCUAUGGUUUUGCAUACUCACAAGAAAGAUUCAUCUUCAUAGAAUACUUGCUUUCUCUACUUAAUUGGUAGAUAAAGCUGUGUUUUAGCCAGACCACCUCUCUUAAUAGCUCAUUUCUUCCCUAUUGCUGCCACUCUUCUGGUUUGGCUUCAAUAUCCAGGACCUUGCAGUUUGUUCUCCCGCACUAGCUGCUGUCUUUGAUUAGCCACAUUACACAGAAUUUGCCACAUUGUAGUCUCCAUGCCUUGGGUGCUACAUGUUGUAGGAUGACACUGUACCAGUGAGAGAAAAGCCUAAUAUUUGGAAGACUGGUAGAUUUAUUACAAUGGUUUUGUUAUUUGCAUGAUUCUUGUUGUAUGACUCUGUGCUUCUUCAUGUCCUGGCCAUUCAGUAAAGGAGCUGAGGUAUCCAUUAAAUUGAUUUAUCUCUGCAGCAAAGUGAUGCAGAAAACAUCCCUUGUUACAUGUAAAAUAUUUUAUGGUCUCUAAGUUGUGUGAGUGUCUGCCUAUCUGUCUCACUAUAUUUGGUCUUACUAGGCACAUUCCAUUUUUUUAAAAAAUUGGAACUAAAUAAAAUAUCAUUAAUUUAAUUUUCUACAUUGCACUAUACAUUUCCUGCCUUUUUCAUUGGCUAUGUUAAAUAGUUAAAGUUCCAUGCCUUCCCUAUAAAUACUCUGCAACUCUUUCUUGCUACAUUGAUAACUGCAUUGCUGCCGCUUCAUAUACCCAUGCUGAGCUCAUCAGUUUCAUCAACUUUAUCUCCAGCUUCUACCCUGCCCUUAAAUUCACUUGGUCCAUUUCUAACAACUCUCCCCUUUCUCCAUCUCUGGAGACAUACUGUCAACAGACAUCUAUUAUAAACUUAGUAAUUUCCAUGGUUUUCUUAACUAGUACUUCUUUCCUCCCUGUCACUUCUAAAAAUGCUAUUUCCAAUCUGUUGUAUGUGUGUAUACAGUGAAACUGUUCUUCUUGUCCUCACCUACCAGCCCAGGGUCAUAGGUUUCUCCUUCAGGGAACCUUUUUCUCUCUUUUACCCCUUCUGUUUCCCAUUCUGGCCUCUUACCUCUUCUCCUCACCUGCCUAUCAUCUUCCUUGAUUCCACUGCUUCUUCCCUUUCUCCCAAGGUUCACUCUCCUCUCCUACCAUUUUCUUUCUUCUCCUGCCCCUUUACCUUUCCCACCCACCUGGUAUCACCUAUCACAUUCUAGCUUGUCCUCCAUUCCCUCACCCCACCCUUUUAUUCUGGCAUCUUCCCCUUUCCUUUACAGUCCUAAUAAAGGGUCUUGUUGACUGUUUAUUCAUUUCCAUAGACACUGCCUGACCUGCCAUGUUUUGUGUGCACAUUGCUCUGAAUUUCCAGCAACUGCAGAAUCUCUUGUGUUUACCAUACACUUUGAUAAAGAACCACAGAUAAAAUUAGAUUUCCUUCUGUCUCUUGUGUAAUUGUAUAUAUUAAUGGUAAUGAAUGUUAUUAAUAAGGCAGAAAUGUGGAUAAGGAAAGAAUUUUGUGUAAUAAAUGGCAUUUUGACUUCAUGUGGAAGUUCAGAGAAAAUGUGUUUACUGCUACAACAGUGGACAGCACAAAUUGGACUCUAAAGAGGAACUAAUAAAUGCUUGAAAAGUUUUUAGGUUAGAAUCUUUUGUCAUUUUACACUGAGCAAUAUUGACUUAAGGAUGCAUAUUAUAUUCCUACAAUUUUUUUGCAGAAGACUUUGAUAUAGAUUUCUUUUAUAUAGACUAUUUAAUACAAAUAAAUAAUUUUAUAUUGUAGUUGUCUGAUUUUUAUCUGAGCAUUAAAACAGAAUUAAUCUGA